CACAAAUUCCCAAACGCAAUGCUCUAACGGUACACUCUCCGGAAAGCCAAUCACAGCGCGACAAGUACAUCAGGGCCGGAGGAAUUUUAACUCGUGGAUCGGAUAUCGGAUCCCACUGGUGCGUGGUGUCACGACGGACGGAACCACUGGCUGGCAGUUGAUCACCGAUCGUUUCAAGUGCGGAAUUGUUGUUUUAGCACAACGGAAAGAGCAAAGGAUAUUUCCGUAACAAAAAACCCACAUACACACAGGAUGAUGCUGCCUGCUUUCGGUCGGUUGCUUCUGCUGGCCCUAUCCGGCCUGGUUCUGUUCCUGAUACCGUUCAGCGCCGCCCUCAGAGAAGGCGACUGUGAAGUGUGCGUGAAAACGGUCAGCAGAUUCGUGGACAGUCUUUCGGAGGAUUCGAAGAAGGACACCAAACGGAUAGAGGAUGACUUCCGGACGUUCUGCAAAAAGGUCAAAGACAAGGAGCAGCGCUUUUGUUACUACUUAGGAGGUGUUGAAGAUUCCGCCACGGGUAUACUGAACGAGCUGUCGAAGCCAAUCAGCUGGUCGAUGCCGGCUGACAAGAUCUGCGAGAAGCUAAAGAAGAAGGAUGCACAGAUUUGCGAUCUUCGAUACGACAAACAAAUCGACGUAAAUGCUGUUGAUCUGAAAAAGCUGAAGGUGCGGGAUCUUAAGAAGAUUCUCUCCGACUGGGACGAAGAGUGCGACGGGUGCCUGGAAAAGACUGAUUUCAUCAAGCGUAUCGAGGAGCUGAAGCACAAGUACGUCAAGACGGAACUGUAACGUCGUCGUCCGGGCAGAUUAGGAUCUCGCUAUCGUCGUCGUCGUCACAACGUCGUCCUGCAUCAUCCCUCUCAUACCACCGGAUGUUAAAUUAUUACGUCAACAGCUUGCGGGACGGAUGGGCUGUUCCACUUCUAAACCGUAUAUCCGCCCGAAAGGGGGAGUCGUGCUCGCAGCUCCGAUAACCGGUAGUAAUAGGCAAACAAUGAUACGAUCGUGCCGCGAAGUGGUGAAGCAAAGCCGAAAAAUAAGCAAAAAUUAAAAUAUAAAAAGUGA